AUGACACACAAAAGGCCUUCUCAGAAUUGUUUGUGCUUCUUAGUUCAUAAGUUCAAUGAUAUUAUCUUGCAUCACUUUGGAAGAAUUCCUUUUGCAUUUCUCGAAGACAUUCAUCAGAGAUUUGUUAGGACUUAUGGUCGUGCAGUUCUAGCAGCCCAUGCAUAUGCCAUGAAUGAUGAAUUUUCUAGGGUUUUGAGCCAACAAAUGGAAUAUUACUCAAAUGAUCCAAAUGCAGAUAGGAUAAAUCGAUUAAAAGGUGAAAUGAGCCAGGUGCGUAAUGUCAUGAUAGAGAAUAUUGAUAAAGUUCUAGAAAGGGGUGAUCGGUUGGAGUUGCUGGUUGACAAAACUGCCAAUAUGCAGGGAAAUACUUUUCGCUUCAGAAAGCAGGCUCGCCGUUUCAGAAACACAGUGUGGUGGAGAAAUAUCCAGCUCACGGUUGCACUGAUAUUCCUUCUCCUGGUUAUCAUUUAUGUUGUGCUGGCAUUUGUUUGCCAUGGGCUUGCACUUCCUUCUUGUUUCAGGUGAGGGUAGGGAUUGAGUGUAUUCAUUUGCUUUUUCCUGGUUAUUUCUCCCUUUUUUUAUUUUUUUUGAGAUGUAUGGGAUGCUUCUAUUGAGGUAAGGUGGCUUAGAUUCUGUGCAAAAAACUCUCGUGCAUGUGUGGCCUUGCUGUGUCUGUAACAGAAACUUUGAACUUUUUUGGGUUGUAUUUUCUUGAUACCAUGCCUUGAAACGGUGGUACUUAUAGUGUUCAUUUGCAGGCUCUUGUGUCUAUCUAUACUUUUCCUCAUUGUUGAAUUGGAAAUGAUUUUGGGUGUGUUUGGAAUUAUUGGUACCUUUGUGUAUAUCUUUCUGGAACAUAAUCUUAUAUAAAUCACCUUCUCUCAGCUUAUUUCUUUAAAGUUGAGUGAAAGUGCAAUCACUGUGUUGAAGCAG